AUGGACGAGCAGACGUUGCACGAUGUUUACCUCAGGGCAUGGGCAUUGAUCGUCCGGGAAUCUGCGCCAGAGCUGGUGAUGACUUCCUACAACAGGGUGCAGGGAGAAUGGGCCUUCGCCCACCCGAAGUUCAUCAACCUCCUCAGAAAUCAGCUCGGCUUCGAUGGAAGCAUCAUGACAGACUGGUUCGCUUCCUGGGAAGGCAUCACCAGCGGUCGCAUCCUUUUUGAUUCCGGGGCUUCGAGCCCUUUCUUCUUCACCGCCCCAGGCUUCAUGAGCAGCAACAGUCUUUAUGCUGCAGGGGUUGACAUGGAGAUGCCUUUCUGCAGCAAAAACCGCGAUGCCGUGUCCGAGGCCCAGCUGUGCUCCGAUGCGCAAGACAGCUGCGAGACGAAACAGUAUCUGGAUGCAGCGGUGACGCGCAUCUUGCGAUCCAAGUCCAGGUAUGGCCUCUUCGGGCAGAGUUCGAACCUCAGCCGGACGACCUGGGACAACGAGAAGUUUGACAG